AUGAGACCGCUGCACUUCCCCGACUCGCCCCCGGCACUCGUGUGCUGGCUAAGAAGCGCGGCGAGGGGCUGCCGAGAAUUCGGACCCCUCGUCGCCGAGCCGCACGACCCUUACACCGAGCCCAUCGACUACGAGGCCAUCGGCACCGUGAAAACAUACCCAUUCAACGAGCCACCGCUAUCACGCUCGGCAUCGGAGUUGCGGUUUGAAGUGAUUCGUCUCCAAGAGGCCGUCGACUCGUCGACUGAACAGGCUCUCAAGAAAAAACUGAUUGAAAAGCAGAAGGAAAAGAAGGAGAUAAUUAAGGGAGCACAUCGAGGAUUGAUCUUCGCUGCUGGCCGCUACGCCAUCCCCGACAGCCGCUGGCACCCCGGCGGCAUGCGCGACGGCCUGCUGCGCGCGCUGCGCCCUGCCGACGAGGGCGGGGUGGGCCACGCUGCUGAGUACUAG